AUGGCAAUGACAUAUCUUGUUGUCAUUCUCUUCUUUGCAUCCCUGGUUUUGGGCGAAAGAUCAUGGUCUGAGUUGGAACUUAGCCGUAAUGUGAACUCGCUUGAUCUUAAUCCUAUCAGAAGGGAACUCGGAAGUACUCCUACUAAAACAUUUAGCGUUGAUUCUUAUGGAGCUAAGGCUGAUGGACGUUACGAUGAUACUGAGGCAUUUGCAAAGGCUUGGAAGGCAGCUUGUUCCUCUACUACGAGUGCGGUCCUUAUAGUUCCCAAGAAGAGCUAUUUGUUAAAACCAAUCACCUUCGCCGGUCCUUGCAAAUCUUCUCUUACGGUUCAGAUUAUUGGCACCAUUGAAGCAUCGAAUAACCGGGCAGACUACAAGGAUGACAACAAACACUGGCUCAUAUUUGAAAAUAUUGAAAAUUUGUUAGUCCAAGGAGGCGGAACCAUCGAUGGAAAUGGAAAGAUUUGGUGGCAAAAUUCUUGCAAGAUCAACAAAGCCCUUGCUUGCACGGAUUCUCCAAAUGCAUUAACCUUCUAUGGAUGUAAGAACUUGAUAGUGGAGAAUUUGAAGAUCCAAAACGCACAAAGAAUGCACAUCUCUUUCCAGAAAUGCACCAUAGUCGAAGCCUCUUAUCUCACGAUAUCUUCGCCUGAGAGCAGCCCCAAUACCGACGGAAUCCACGUCACCAACACCCAAAAUAUCAAAAUCUCCAAUUGUAUCAUUGCUACAGGUGAUGAUUGCAUCUCAAUCGUGAGUGGAUCACAACAAGUACAAGCAACCGGCAUUACAUGUGGACCUGGUCAUGGAAUAAGUAUUGGAAGCUUAGGAGAAGCAAAUUCAGAAGCCCAUGUUUCAGAUGUGGUGGUGGAUGGGGCUAAACUCAUUAGGACUACAAAUGGAGUUAGAAUUAAGACUUGGCAGGGAGGAUCUGGAUCUGCAAGUAACAUUAAGUUUCAAAACAUUCAAAUGAUCGGAGUGUCUAAUCCCAUCAUUAUUGACCAAAACUAUUGUGACCAAAAGAAGAAGUGUAACAAGCAGACUUCGGCGGUUCAAGUGAAGAAUGUUCUCUACAAGAACAUACAUGGAACGAGCGCAUCCAACAUUGCAAUUACGUUAAACUGUAAUGAAAAUUAUCCGUGCCAACAGAUUGUGAUGCAAAAUGUCAACUUAGAUAAAGAGGAUGGCUUUGCGGCAAAAGCUUCUUGCAUCAACGCGAAGUUCAGUGGAACUAGCGCCAUGUCCCCUAAUUGUAACUCUACUUGA